AUGCCGGUUAUAAACUCUGUGGUGUCAGAGGAACACAGUUACCACUGUGUCUCUCACAACGCUCCUAAAACUGAGAGCCGAAAUCAGAAAGGAGGCGUGCACGAAGACUCAGGACGUAGUUGUGCCUUGAGGGUCCACACCAGAAGGCUCCACAAUCCUGAGCCAAAACCGCAAUAUGUAGCCAAAACCCAGAUCCUCUCUCUCAACACUCCUAAAGCUGACAGCAAAGAUCCGGUUGUCCAGCAUGAAGAGCCAGGAUCGAGUAAAAAUGUAGAGUUAGAACCAAAGAGUGAAAAUCCCAAAAGCACAAGUCCCAGUAACGAUGUAAACCACUCGCAUGUGUCAGAGGAACACUGUGAAACUCCCACAGGUGACACGCGUUUCAAAUGUGACAUUUGCGGGAAAUAUUGCAGGGCCAAGUCUCAUUUGAAAAGCCACAUGAGAUCACACACAGGUGAGAAGCCAUAUUCCUGCAAAAUAUGUGGAAAAGGUUUCGGAUAUACAAGUCACCUCAAAGUCCACAUGAGAACUCACACAGGUGAGCGGCCGUUUAAAUGCAAAAUAUGCGGGCGAACUUUCAGACACUGUGACGCGAUGACAGUCCACAUACGACGAGCCCACACAGGUGAGAAGCCGCACGUGUGCAACAUCUGUGGAAAACGCUUCUGCCAGACGACAGAGCUGAAGUUUCAUCAAACCAUCCACUCCAACGAGAGGCCGUAUCCGUGCCAAACCUGCGGGAAAGGUUUCAAUCGUAACAUCGACCUGAUCGUCCACAUGAGAGUCCACACAGGUGAGAGACCAUUUUCGUGCAAAACUUGCGGGAAAGGUUUCAUUCGUAACAACGACUUGACGGUCCACAUGAGAACACACUCGGGAGAGAAGCCGUUCCCCUGCAGAACAUGCGGAAGGCGUUUUGGAUGUCGCAACAGCUUGUUGUCUCACAUGGCGGUCCACACACAGAGUGAGAAGCCGUACACUUGUUCGACGUGCGGAAAAGAUUUCAGGCGCAAAAGUGAGGCGACGGUCCACAUGAGAGUGCACGAGAAGCCGUGCGAGAAGCCCUACCUUUGCAAGAUCUGCGGGCUGCGAUACUUCACCGUGUCUCAAUUGGCGAAGCAUGUAACAUCACACGCAAUUCAGUAGCCUUGUGUUUUAUCCAAAAUAUGUGCGAGAAGGUUCAGAUCUCGCAGUUGACGGUCAAAACAAACAAGAACUGGCGGAGGUGAGGAGCCAUGUAAUCGUGGCCAUUGCGGGAAAACUUUCACUGGAAUUACAUACUUGAAAAAGCACAUAAGGGAUAAUAUACACUGGAGAAACCACUGAGCUCCUUUUAAGACGUGUUCAUCAGCUGAAUCAACCCUUUCCAACCUGAGAAAAUUGGCUUGAUUUUCUUCAAAAAUAUGGAAAGAAGGCAAUGAGUAGUAACAGAAAAAAAUACCCU